AUGGAUGAACAAUGCUCAGUAUUUUUUAGUAUAACACAAGCAGUUACUAAGGUUCUUGAUAAAAUAGAAUGUGAGGAUGACACAUUUUUUUCAAAAAAAUUUCCCAUAGAAAUUGGAAUAUUAUCUGAUAAUAGUCAGCUUUUAAUUAAUAGAACUGAUAUUUUUCAUUGUGUUAAAAAAGAGCAAUAUGGAAGCAAAUCAGGAUUGACAAAUGAAGUAUUAAAUCUGAAAGAUAAACAAGCAGCAGAAAGAUUUUUUUCUUCUAAUAUAUUAAAAGUUAUAUUUGAUGAGUAUACUCAAAAAGAACAUCAGAAAUCCAAUAAUAAGGCAGCAAAUAAUCCAAAGAAUUUUGUAGUUGAAACAGAAAAUGGCCCAAUUGAAUUAGCAACUGCUUUGAGAUAUGAACGAAUGCGUGCUAAUACAAACCUAAUUAGAACUAAAGGACGUAUUUCAAGAUAG